CGGACAGUGAGGAAGCUCAGUCUUAGGAUCUUAGCAGUACCUUGUGGAUUGGUCACCAACUUAGUCCAGACUAGGUUAUUCAGAGCUCCCAUACAAGGCCAGCUUACUGGUUUGCUUCCUCUGCAUCAUUCUCUUCACCGUUCUCGUUGACGUGUAUGCUGGCCUCAAGUUAGGGAGGUUUCUCACUGCCCCUUCCCUUUCAAAUAUUCCAAUCGACGCAUUUCGACUGAAUGCAGGCUUGAACAUCCAUUCUUAAACCAUUCUGGUUGAAUAAUCACAUCAUACCCUUACCUUUUUUACCCGGGAGGGUCACCGUCUUCAGUGGGAUGACGAGAAGGUCAUGUUAGGGAUCUCGAAACGACAGAGGGAGCCAGAUGAGCUGACGGGCGAUGAUAAAAAUGGGCCCAGGGUGAACAAGAAACCACGCCCUUUAGCCUUGCGCACCUCUCCAGAUAGCCGAGGACUCUCCUACACCGAAGCUUGCCAGGCGUCAAACCGACCUGGUGGUAUACCUACUUUGACUCCUGCCGAGUCGUCAGAUGAUGAUGACGAUGGCAUCACUAGAACGUUACGCCAUCCUACAACGGCAGCCGUGAACGCCUCGCGUUGUGUUCCGCAGAUCCUUAACUCCUCCGCUCCGGUAUUUAGCACGACGAUGGACGUCGACAGCAUAGGGGACACCUAUAACUUGACUAGCAACGAGAUUCCGCACGACUGGCCAGGCAGCACGCCUCGGAACGGGAGCGUUCAACCAUCACCAAUCCCACACAAUCUUGUCAAUCAGUUCCUCAACAUCAGCGGACAACCUAAAGCAUCGAGCAUACCCGAACAUAAUUCCGCAGUUAAUCCGUCCGCGCAAGUGAUGGAUCAGGCCUUCGUUGAAUCUACAAAUAAGAUUGGCCCUCCUCAAAAGCUGUCUACCGAGAGUAGUCAAAAAACUUCUGGCUCCACUCAGCGUCUCCCAAGUCCAAUCAGCGAGGACGAUAAUACCGCUUCCCAUGGAAAGUGCUCUACGAGUGAUGCUGAGAUGACAAGUGGUGCAUCUCGAUCAACAUCCCCGGCGCUCUCCCCAUUUCAACGAGACCCGUCGCAGUGGUUCGGCACGACUGAAUCACAACAGCAAGCCACACGGUCCGGCUAUCCAAACCUACCCCAUUUAAACAAGAAGAAGGUAUCCUUUGCCAUGGGAUUUCGAGCUGAUUGCGACAAAUGCCUGCGCAAGGUUCCGGGCCACUACAGCCAUAUUAUCCGCAAUUGACAUCUUUUGUCCUACUUACGACAACCUCACAUGUAAUAAUCCCUCAUUCACCACCAUGCGACCUUUCUGAUGAUACCUGUUCUAUCGUCAUGAUUUAUCUCGUUGAGUGCUCUUGAAACCAAUAUACCCAUGGAAGCAACGGUUCAGAGACAUCACAGAGCUUCAAUGUUCAUAAGGAUGGGGCCACGCAACCCACAUAUAUCAAUGCUCAAUAAUCCCAAUGAAUGAAAACUUCGACCUUCUGUUCUACACAAUCGUUCUCAACUGGUCCAGGGGAGGUAAGACAUGUAGAUAGGUAAGGUAGAUCCUUGAAGUCACUUGAUGUUUUCUCAUUUCCGACAAACGAUCCGAAACCGAUGACAUAAGCCACCGCAUCCGAUUAGCGGUCGGAUUUCCCCCUACCUGAUAUCCGAAGGACAAUGGUGCACGAAGGUGUAAGCAAGACGAGCCGGAUGACCUUCGAAAUAGUCGAGUAGACAGGAAACAUUCGAACAAUAUGA